CAUAAAUAAGAUGUGGUGACGUGUACAUAAACUUGUGGAUUUUUGGUGGUGAUCUGAAACUCACACGUGCCAAUCGCAACCAUUUCUGUUCUUGCCUGCUAAGCUGCGCCGUUUCCCUCCAUUUCUAUUCCUUCCUCCACCUCCAAGCUUUCUCUCUCCUUCUAUAUAAUAUACUAACCCCUAACUCUCUCUCUCUCUCUCUCUCUCUCUUCUCUCUCUCUAUUGGUGCCAUUUCCUGCCAUGGUAGAUGCAGAGUUUAUGUGUCUGAAGGUGCGCUUGAGAUCAGAUGUGGUCGGCAGAUGAAGUAUGGCGCUUUCUGCCUCUAUUCCCCUAGCUUCGUCUCCUCAGCUCUCGCAGUUAUGCCAUUCUAGUCCGAAAUGGAAGCAGAAGAGAGUGGAGUUUCUGAAGCCACGUAGAAGAGAGCCUCAGUUGUGGUGGACUGUAAAAUCGGUGUUAAAUAGCAGAAGGCCCUUUAGUAUUAGUGAUAAUGGGGCGAGUGAACCGGCUAGGGUUCUUUUGGAGAGGUUGUUUGCUGAGACUCAGAAGCUUGAGGAACAGAUAGGUAGGGAUCCUCGUUCGCCCCAUGUUGCAGAGCUGGGUGUGGAUCUUGGUAAGCUGGAAUCGGAUCUUCAAGCUGCUCUAGUGGCCUUGAAGAUUAAGGAAGAAGAUCUGCAGGAUGCAGAGAGGAAAGUGGUGUCGGAGUUCAAUGAAAUCAAUCUUGCCAGGAAGGAUUUGGAGCGACGAGAGGAGGAAAUGGCGGCUGCUACAUUGAAGCAGGGAAAGCUAGAGGAGGAGCUGAGGCUAGCAAAUAUAGAGUUAGCCUCACAAGCCUUGGAAAUCAGUGACCUUAAGCUUCAACUGAAGGAGAGGGAUGACGAGAUUUCUGCUUCACAAUUAGCACUGUCGGUCAAAGAAGAGGAAAUCGCAAAGAUGAAACAGGAAUUGAUGGAGAAGACUGAUGGAGCUGCUAAUGCUGAAUCACAACUCCGAUUCAAGUCCAGGCUCCUGGAUGAAGCAAACGAAGUUAUGGAAAAGCAAGCAGUAGAGCUCCAGCAACUCCAGAGGGUAAUUCGAGAGAAAGAGGAAGAGCUUGGAAGUUCCAUUCUCAUGCAGAAAUCUGAAUCUGAGAAAUUGAAGAUUGCCGAAGCAAACCUUGAGAAGCAGACAAUGGACUGGCUAAUCGCACAGGAGGAGUUGAGAAAGCUGGCCGAGGAAACAUUCAAGCAUGUUGGGGAAGCAAAUUCAUCUAUAGAUGAGUUUGGGAGAGUGAAGAAACUUAUCUCGGACGUGAAAUGCGAGCUAGUUUCUUCUCAAAAAGUUUUGGUUUCCUCCAGAGAGAAAAUGGAAAUUCAAGAUCAACUGUUGGAAAAACAGCUUAAUGAACUCGAAGAGCUAAGGCAGAGCAUUAUGUCUUAUUUGCCAAGUUUGAGAGAUGCCAAAGUAGAAAUGGAGAGUGAGAGAGCGAAGCUAAGGGUGGCUGAAGCUCAAAACGAGGAGCUUAAAAGAGAUCUAUCAUUGGAAAAAGAGCUCGUUGCUGAGCUACAGACGAAGUUAGAUAAAGAGAGCGCGUCUUUGAAACAAUCAGUUUCCGAACUCUCAGCUCUCCGCCAGGAAAUAGACUGCAAGACUGCUGCAUUUGAACAAUCACAGACUCUUCUCGAAGCUAAAGAGUCGGAACUGGUAGAAGCAAGAUUAAAGAUCCAGCAUUUAAAGUCCGAACACGUCUCCCUUCAACUCAUACUGGACCAGAAAAAUUUGGAACUCUCAGAUGCAAGAGAGACGCUGGAGGAACUCAGUCACGAGAUUGCUCAACUAAAAGGGAUCUUGUCCAGCCGAGAAGAGGAGCUCAUUGCAGCUGUCUCCAAGCUCAAGGAGAAGGAUGAACACGUCCUAACAAUGCAACACGAACUAAGCAAUGCACAGUCAAAAUCCUCUGAAGCUGAGGCUGUGGUGGGAAAGAUUGUAGAUCUCACCAAUGAAGUGGUUCUAUCACUCAACCGCGAAGGCCAUUACGCACUAACCCCGGCUGAUGAGAAUAACUACGGUCUGUCAUCCCCUUCGCUAGAUAGGCCGGCUGAUAGUUCUAAGCAGCAGGUGAAACAGCUUGAAACCGAACUCAGCUUCACCCGAGAAAGCCUCAGAGCAAAGGAAAUGGAAAUCCUUGCAGUAAACAAGCAUCUCAUCAUGAAAGGUGAAGAGCUCAAUGCCGCAAUCAGAAAACUGGAUGCUAAAGAGAAGGAAAUAACAGAACUACGAGAGGGGCUGAUGCAGGAUAGAGAUGAUCUGCAACAGCUCUAUGCAUUAUCACAGGAGAGAAUUGGAGACAAAAGCGUCGGUGAACUCGCGAUCGAGCAACUGCAACUAGAAGCAGCUCAACUCGAAGUUGAAGCUGCAACAAGUGCACUAGAGAGAAUUACAGAAUUGAGUAGGCAGCUUCUGCAGCAAGCUGGCCAGAGCCUCGAGGCCGAGGACGACGACUCCGAGGAGGAGGAGUGUCCGCCGGAAGUCAAGGACGAAGUUUCACGGCUUCUCAGUUUAACUCAGCAUCUUGUCAAAGAGGCAAGUAUUGCUGGAAAACCAAUAGAAGCUGUUUGAAUUUCUUAGACUUCAUAGAGGCUUAGUAUGUCUAACCCAUUCUUUUAUAUAUGAGUGGAAUGUGCUUGCUCAAAUGUUUCUUUGUAUAUUGUGUGAUUUUUCUAUGAUUGUUGUGCUUUAAAUUUUUGGCACUAAUAUGUAGUUGUUUACCUUUUCCUCUUUGGGAAAUGGAGUUUGUAUGGUUUUGGCAGUUUCUUGGUAAUGAAUUGUGAAAUGACUUGAAAGUUUGCUUUA